AUGCAUUGGUCCCAAGUUCAAGAUUUUGUGCAGGAUGCAGGAGUGACCAUUUUGGGAACUGUCCCUAGCUUAGUAAAGACCUGGAAGAGCACAAAUUGUAUGGAAGGUCUAGAUUGGACAAAAAUAAAGUCAUUUGCUUCUACUGGAGAAGCCUCCAACAUUGAUGAUAACCUUUGGCUUUCUUCAAGGGCUUACUAUAAGCCAAUUGUUGAAUGUUGUGGAGGCACAGAGCUUGCAUCAUCCUACAUUCAAGGAAACCUUCUGCAGCCACAAGCGUUUGGAACAUUUAGCUCUGCCUCAAUGUCCACAGGUUUUGUCAUCCUCGAUGAAAGUGGGUUACCUUAUCCAGAUGACCAAGCUUGUGUAGGUGAAGUGGGACUAUUUCCUCUUUACAUGGGAGCAACUGAUAGACUGCUAAAUGCUGAUCACGAGGAGGUGUACUUCAAGGGAAUGCCAAUGUACAAAGGAAUGCAACUUAGGAGACAUGGUGACAUUAUAAAAAGAACUGUCGGAGGAUUUCUGGUGGUGCAGGGAAGAUCUGAUGACACCAUGAAUCUUGGUGGCAUUAAGACAAGCUCAAUAGAGAUUGAGCGGGUUUGUGAUGGGGCUGAUGAAAGUGUCCUGGAAACUGCUGCAGUCAGCGUUGCGCCACCAAGUGGUGGUCCAGAACAGUUGGCUAUAUUUGUGGUGCUGAAGCCGAGAUUCAAAAUCGAGUCAGAUAGGCUAAAGAUGAAAUUCUCAAAAGCCAUCCAGACCAAACUUAACCCAUUGUUCAAGGUGAGCUUUGUGAAGAUUGUCCCAGAGUUUCCUCGAACAGCAUCAAAUAAGCUAUUGCGCAGAGUAUUAAGGGAUCAAUUGAAGCAGGAGCUUCAGAUACAGAGUAAAAUCUAAUUGCAUCAUUAGUUAUUCAUGUAACUGCUGAUGGGAAUGAAACUUGCUUGUUAUGGUGUAUGUGAAAUUUGGAUUCAAUUAUUGAAGAACCCUUUGGUGAUAUUGAAUAAAUGGAAAGAAAUGUUACAUAUGCUCCAA